AAACUCGUAGUGACACCUGGCGGCCAGGUGGACAAACCUCCACUGGAAGGGCCGUUCUCGAAAUGCAUUCCAUAGAAUCUUAGAAAUAUAUACCUUAAUGCUAUUAGAAAGAACAAUAUAUAGUAAAAAACAAUUUAAAUAUUUAUUUCUUUAUGAGGGACAAGCUAAAUUUGAGGUUGAGAGUAUUUUAAUAUAUACAUUUUGAGUACUGGCCCUCAUUAUUUCUUAAGUUUGGCUUACCUGAGCCACACCUACAGUGAUACCUGUCUUGGUGUUCCGUUUUGAUUAUUUCUACCACGGAUAUAUAUUAUUCUUCAUUUCGAACGAUUAAAUCCUACAAGUGGUUCUCCAGCUCCUUGGCCCAGCCUACCUCAACUCCGUGUGCAUGUCGCAUCAAAACCUCGAGAUGAACUACGUGGGGGAUCCUGUCCCCCAUACCAGACUAAUGCCUCGCUCAUCAAUAGCUGGCAGCAUAUCUGGGAUAUCAACAACAUCCCGCCUCUCAAGAGUAUCACAUGCAACUACCAUCCGCUCAGUGGCAACUCUCACUGAAACGCUUCAUACAAAGACUGGCUUUUCAAUUCCCAUUCUCCCUGAUGCUUUCAUCACAAAUGUUCAGCGAGGUUCAGUUAUUGCUGCCACAUAUUCAAUUAUUCAAGGUUUAUUUGCUAUAGUGACUGGACUGUUUGAUAUCUAUGCUUUAUCCCUUGCUGCACCAGGGUCCAGCCAUUAUGGAUUCUAUCUCUUCUCGUAUGACUUCGUUUAUUCUGGCAAUCCUCAUGUUCGGAAUUCUUUGAUGUUGUUUGGUGGUGUUACAGCCUUUGGUGGACUCACUCUUAUUUUGACAAGUGUUAUUCUCUUGCAAGGACUGCGUAAGGAAAUGGAAAUGCGUUUGGAGCCAUGGAUUUGGUGUAUGGCAAUCUUCACAAUUUGGCGUUCACUUGUGAUUAUUUAUGCAUCAAUCGUCAACGAUAUGGUGUUUACAUAUCACAUUCUCAUGUGCUUGUUAUGGAUACUCUUUAUCCUAGGCAAUGUGUAUGCAUGGUUGGUGGUGCACUCUUUCUACCAUGAACUGUGUGAAGUCACGAGACUUGAGGAUGUUGCAAGAGUAAAGAUCGACACAAUGAGCACCAUGGGUUACAGUUCACGCCCCACGACUCCAGGGGCACGUUCUACCAUUUCCACACAGAUGGACUAUAAAAUGGAGACAAUGAGCUCAUUCACAGCCUCACGACCCACUACACCGGGUGCGAGGUCUGAUGCUUCAGCUAAGAUGAUCGCUUGAACAUUAAUACAGGACAGGAUCAAAAUUGGGUAUCAGCUAAGGAAAAGCAGGUUAAUUGCUAAUGGUUAUCAGGUUUUUUAGAAGUCUGUUUCUAACCACAAAAUAGGUUAGAAAGUAUAGUAAAACCUUUUUGGAAGUAUUUUGAAUUAAAAUAAUGAUAGUGCACAGUAAUUGAAAUCAUGAAAAUAUAUACUUUUUGCUGAAUUAUGAUGAUAAUUUUCAUGAUUUUCAGCCUUAUUUGUAACUACAGAGCUCAAUAUUUUUCACAUUCGUAGUAUGGAUACAAGUUGACAUUAUUCUUUAAGAUACUCCUAGAUGAUUUUAAUGUAACAGUGAUUUUUAUAAAUUUUGUUUCCGUGGCAUGAAUUGUCAGACUGAAAAGGUUUUGCUGUAUGAAACUAUUGGUCUUAUAUGAAGUAUGCACUUAUUUCUUCUUACCACUAAGUCCCUAUGCUUUCUUUUGUAAACAAGUACUGAAAAACACUCCUCUUUUUGAUCACUUAAGUAAUUAAACUCUUCGGUGUAAUAGAUCUGAUGGUGACAGUUAUCUUUUAACCCGUAAACGGUCCAAACGUAUAUAUACGUUUUUUCAACAUUUGAAAGUAGUAUGUAAAAAAAGUAGAUCUUCUUUUUGUUUUUCUACAUUUGAAAAUGUGUAAAAAAACUUUGAUCUACUUUUUUUUUUGUUAUAUUUGAAAAUAUGUAAAAAAAACUUAGAUCUACUUUUGUAGCACUACACAUGUGAAUGUAGAUCUGCUUGGACCGUUUACGAGUUAAACACUACCAUGGGGAAAGGGACAAGAGUAUUCUUUCUUCCUUGGUGGCUCUUUCAUUAGCUGCUCUAUUGCUGAUGCUUGAUGCUUUUCUAUAUUCUGUACAGCAGGGGCUCUCAAUUUUUUUUUUUAUAGGCUAUGUACCCCCUGCCAUAUUAUGACUGAAUCCACACACUCCCGAUCACCUUUGUUAAUGAAACUUACUAUGUUUACAGCAGCAUGACUCAUGAUUCACAUUCAUUACCUUUGUUAUACAAAUGUAUUUACAGCUACAUUAAUGACCCUUGUGGGUUUAGCACUUGGUGUUGAAUGUAAUAAAAUCUUUUGAAUGUGAAUGCUAAUACAGAAUAAUAUUAAGAAUUAUGUCAAUAUGUGAUGAUAAUAUUAAUAUGUUGCCACUUAUCAGUAUGAUGGAUGAAUGCAUUUCGGCACAAAAAGUCAGUAAAGUCGGGAACAACUGAAGACAGUUUCACUCCUAGAUCUGUUAUGUAUGCUUAUCCAUAUAUGGAGACUUCUGAUAUGUGUUUCUUUGUUCUAGCUUCAUUAUAAUCAGUAAAAAAGAAAAAACUGACAGAUCCUCUAACAUGCAUCUAAAAACACAAGAUAACAAAUGUACAUUUUACACUAUACAUGACAGCAGCCAGUAAUACCAUACACCUUCUUGCUAUGAACACAGCCAACAAACUUAACUUCCGCCUCCCUCAUGCACAUAAAACUGGAAAUACAGUAUCUAGCUCAACACCAAAUUGAUUUGUUUGCCUUGUAUUCUCAUAACACAUCAAAUGGUAAAAAUAAAAGGAGAAACAAAGUCAUACAUUUUCACUCAUGCCAACUAGAAUCUGAGGCACUUGUGUAUGGAAGUCAUGAAUCAUGAUUCCCAAAUGAGUGUAAGCAUUAUAAAUUCCACCACUGCAGAAUUUUUCUUGUGCACCCAUAAAAAUUUUAUUUUAACAAUUCAUAAGUGCUAAACCCAUGUGGGUCAUUCAGUGCAAGCCUGGUAGAGGCUUGAUUCUCCAUCUGCUGAGUGUGAGACAGACAUGCUUCCUAUUUAUUCUUCCCUAUAGUAUAUCCUAGUGCACCCAUGGAGGUCUACUUUCAUACCCCUGGGGUAUGAAAGUAGACCUGGGAUAUGAAAGUAGCUUGGGAACUGCUGCUUUUUUAUAUACUUUCACUUAAUAUUUUUUAUAAUUUUUUAUAUUUUUCUUUUCCUUUUUGCCUAUUUGUCUUUGCCACUUUUUUCCUUGUACUUUCUGUCUUAAUACUGUUGAUAUGGUAAAUCCUCGAUUCAGUGGACUUGGGAAAUAUGAGACAAAAUCACCAUUAGCAGGGAAUAGUUUAUAAUCUGGCCACCAGAGAGCAGCAGCUACUGGGUUGAAAUUUUACCUACCCACAUGUGAGAUCUUGCUGCACACUGAGAUCUUAAAAAAAAAACUGUUAGAGUGGAAGUUUGACUUGCAUAAUCUACAGGUUGAACUGCAAACCACCAAUUCAUGAUCUGUGUGCUUAAGGGUUAAGGGAGUUUAAAUGUUAGGGAAGAGUCUGCAUAAGAUGUACCUCUUGAGAAAGAAUUCCAAAAGAGAGAGCAAGUCAUAUUAGAGGUAGUUGGCCAGGUUUGUUGGUACUAUGUAGAUUUUUUGCAAUACUUCUUCCACUUGUUAUUGGUUCUUAGCUGUGUCCAUAAACUUUUAGUUAUGACAUCCUUCACUACUGUGCGUCUGUACCAAAAUCCUGUCAUAUUUGUAUUAAUGUAUCUGUAUCAUCAAAGCCUUAUUUGCUUCAUUGUAGUCAACCCUUUGAUGAUGUCAGUUUUACCUCCACUGUGCCUUGGUUUUUAUAUUAUGGGUCAGUGGCAACCAAAGUUUUAUUAUAUAUUCUAGUAUAUUAACUAAGAGAUUGCAUAGUCACAAAAUUUGUUCCAUUAGUUUUUACAUUUUUUUAUAAUAUAUUCUGGCACAUAUUAGUGUACGUAUAUAUUUAUAAGCAUGUACUUUAGGCCAAAUAAAUAUUUAUUGUUAUGUUUUGUAAGUUAUAAAUGGCCACAAUAGUUUUUUAAAUUGAAAGUAAGUCUUCAAUAUUUAACACUGGCCAUCUCCCACUGAGGUAGGGUGACCUAACAAAGAAGAAAACACUUUAACUGCCAAUCACUGUUUUGCCAGAAGGGUGCUGACAUAGUUCAGAUGCCCCUCCAAAAUGCAGCAUCCCCACCCAUUCCUCCUUCAGAAUGCUGACUUCUCACCUCCAGGGCUCAAGUCUGGCUAACCAGUUUCUUUGAAUCUCUUUGUAAGUGUUACCUUGCUUACACCCCACUCCUCCACUCACUCCUAUCUAAUGCGCUCACACAAGCCUGUUGCGUGUCCAAGCAUGCAAAAGGCUUGUGUGAGAACAAGGGAAAAAUCUUUAUUUAUUGUAUAUUUUAUUAUUUUUGUGAGUAUUGCAUGUAUAAACAUGUAUACACUUAUGCUAUGUGUUAAGAUUAAGAACUGUCAUUAACAAAAAAAUCUUAAUUUAAAUUUUCACUAAAUGUGUUCAAUAAGGCAAAAUAAGUUUGAUGAAUGGCUGGUGCACAUUUGAAAUGCCAUAAAAAAUUCACAACAUAUAUCUUGGAAAAUCCUUUGUUUACCAAAUACUUCAUGGUAAUUAAGUGAUAUGGUCAUGUAUUAUGAACGAAUAUUGGAUUUUGCAAACAAACAAUUGAAUGUAGUCAAAUAUUGUAGCUCUUAAGUUCAUAAAUAGAUUAACACAUGUUUCAUUGUUUAUUAACUCUUAAAAUUGGAUGAGUUUAGUUGGAUAAAACAAUUAUAAUGGGAUAAAAUCUACAGAACAGUGUAAUUUCUUUUCAUCUUAGUGUAUACUACAUAUAAGUGUAUCCAAUACAUGUAUACUUAUAUUAGUAUGUAUAUAUAGUGGAACCUCUACUACCCACAGGUCUCUUCCACCUAAAACUGUAGGAUACAACACCUGACAGUAAUAAAUUUAUAUGAUGCUUUCAUAAAAAAAAAUACUAAUAAUAAAUAAAAUUACCACAGUGUUUUGUGUGAUGGUGGUGAUGAGAUUUUUGCAAUUUGAGGAUGGGGGGUAUGGUAGUGAAUUGUGGAGGAGGGCGAUAGGACUGACUCUGUGACACCACACAUCACUGACUUUAUGCUGUUUGUUGACUGUCCAGGUGUCUAGGACAACACAUGAUCUGGUUAAUGCUGUGAUCAUCCCUCGUCUUAGUUGAGGCUUUAUCCUUUUACGGACAGUUAGCCAUUGACUUAAAGAAUACUUUUACAGGUGGUAUAGUUUCAUUAUUAUUACUGCAGCAUGAUUGUACAAAUAUUGAUGCUGCAACAUAAAAAACUUAAAACUUUGUGAGUACUCCUACUGGUGACACUCAGAAACUUGUAUUGCACUCUUUCUCACUUGUCAUGUGAUGGUUCUCCCACUACAAAAAUCUAUUGAGGUUAAAGAAUGGAACAGUGCAGUAGUGUUUUUAGUAGCUUAAUAAUAAGUGUCACUGCUUAUAUCAGCAAAGGAUUGUUAGUGUUAAUGUACAUUCUUCAAAACUUGUCUUCCACCUACAGUACAUUAAUGUAAUUGUUUCUUGCUAUUUGUGUAUUCUGUGUUAUGUUUUGAAUACA